AUGGUAAUCAUUUCCGUCUCGACCUCUGCCCUGUUGACCACCGUCACUCCGCUGGUCACCUUCCGGCAGGACACCCUGUGGAUCCUGAUCGUCGCGUUUGUGAUCGCGUUCGUGCUGGCGUUCGGCAUCGGCGCCAACGAUACGGCCAAUUCGUUCGGCACCAGCGUCGGCUCGAAAGUACUCACGCUGCACAGGGCCUAUCUCCUGGCCAGCAUCUUCGAGACACUUGGCGCCGUCCUGCUCGGUAAGCCGUUUGUUGAUCAUUGUUGGUUUUUAUGCAGCGCCGGGUCACUGUUUCGCCAUCCCUCAUCAUACGGUAGCUCCUCAGCGAACAACACGCCACGUCGCAAUGCACGACCCUGUAAAAUUUUGACCAUAUUCGAUGCUCAGAAAGAGACAAUCGAUUGCGCUAGCCAAAAGUGCAGGCAAAUCGCUUCCUCACGAAAGCCCCUUCUCGGUCACUGUCCAAAUCUCGACAAGUAA